CCUGGACAUGGCGUCUCCUCCAUUAUUCUUAAUCUUCAUCAUCAUUUCCAUUGAUCUUUUCUUCUCUUUGAUCUCCACUCAGCUUCUCUUUAUUCUUCAUCUUCAGAAUCUCAUCAUUUCCUUUCCCUUCACUCACUCUCUUUAUUCUCCUCCAUCAUUUCCUUCUUCUCCAUAAAAUAAUUUUCUUCUUCUUCUGGUUUGGUUUGGUUUGUUCUUGAUUCAAGAAAAUCUCUUGCACGCAUCACAAUUUUCCGUGUAAUAAUAUUCUCUAAAUUCUUGAAUAUUUCACCGAUGGAAUAAUAAAUUAUUCAUGUUUUGAUGGGAAACACAUGUGUGGGGCCAAAUCUUAGUGGUAACGGAUUCCUGCAAUCUGUUACGGCGGCCGUUUGGCGAAACCGUCCACCGGAAGACCGCCUACCUCCGCCGUCUAAAAACGAGCCCAAAAACCAACCAACCGAUCAAUCUGUAAAAUCAUCAAAACACAAUACUGAUAAUAAUUCCGCCACAGCCACCACCCAAAAAGCGCCAAUCCAAAGCACGGCGCCUUCGCCGGUUAAAAUCAACAACGACGCACCGAAACCACAACCUCAAGUUCCUGAGCAAAGGCCAACUCCGCCGGCUGAUAAAGUUGGCCUGGCGGAUGACCCCGACAAGGCGAAGAAACCGCCUCAUACGAAGAAAGUUUCGAGCGCAGCAUUGCAAAUGGAGUCUGUCUUAGGGAGGAAGACUGGGAACUUGAAGGAGAUUUAUAGCUUGGGGCGCAAGUUAGGUCAAGGGCAAUUCGGAACCACAUUCCUUUGUAUCGAGAAGGCAACAGGCAAUGAAUACGCGUGUAAAUCAAUCGCGAAGAGGAAGCUAACGACUGAAGAAGAUGUUGAAGAUGUUCGGAGGGAAAUAAGAAUAAUGCAUCACAUGGCCGGUCAUCCGAAUGUGAUACAGAUUGUUGGGGCGUAUGAAGACGCGGUGGCUGUGCACGUUGUGAUGGAACUUUGCGCAGGAGGGGAGCUUUUUGAUAGGAUUAUACAGAGGGGACAUUACACGGAGAAGAAAGCAGCUGAGCUAACGAGGAUUAUAGUUGGAGUGGUGGAGGCCUGUCAUUCUUUAGGUGUUAUGCAUAGAGAUUUGAAGCCUGAGAAUUUUCUGUUCAUUAGCCAUGAAGAAGAUUCGCCGCUGAAGACGAUAGACUUUGGACUCUCAGUCUUCUUUAGGCCAGGAGAAACAUUGAACGAUGUGGUUGGAAGCCCCUACUACGUCGCGCCAGAAGUGUUGCGAAAGAAUUAUGGUCCAGCAUGUGAUGUGUGGAGCGCGGGGGUGAUUAUUUACAUAUUACUAUGUGGGGUGCCUCCAUUUUGGGAUGAAACGGAGCAAGGGAUAUUUGAACAAGUUCUGAAAGGUGAUCUCGACUUUAUAUCUGAACCGUGGCCUACUAUAUCAGAUGGUGCGAAAGAUCUAGUUCGGAGAAUGCUUGUAAGGGAUCCCAAGAAACGUUUAACCGCUCAUGAAGUUCUUAGCCAUCCAUGGGUUCAGGUGCACGGCGUCGCUCCUGAUAAGCCUCUUGAUUCUGCAGUUCUAUCGCGCUUGAAACAAUUUUCUGCCAUGAACAAGCUCAAGAAAAUUGCCAUCAGAGUAAUUGCCGAGAGCCUGUCGGAAGAGGAAAUUGCAGGGCUGAAAGAAAUGUUCAAGAUGAUAGACACAGAUAACAGUGGACAUAUCACUCUUGAGGAACUCAAAAAGGGUUUGGAAAAAGUAGGAGCAAAUCUCAAGGAUGCCGAAAUCAUUAAUUUAAUGGAAGCGGCUGAUAUAGACAAUAGUGGCACCAUGGACUAUAAAGAGUUCAUCGCUGCCAUGCUUCAUCUAAACAAAAUCCAGAAAGAAGAUCAUUUAUACGCAGCAUUUUCGUAUUUUGACAAAGAUGGAAGCGGUUACAUAACUCUAGAUGAACUGCAACAAGCCUGUCAGCAAUUUGGCUUAGAUAACACACAAUUAGAAGAGAUUAUACGCGAAGUCGACCAAGAUAAUGACGGGCGUAUCGAUUACAGUGAGUUUGCUGAUAUGAUGCAAGACACUGGUUUAGGCAAGAUGAUCUUAAAGAAAACCUGAGAAAUAUUUCAUUCAGGAAAAGGCUUCAGAAAUUGCAGAUUCCUGAUCCUGGUAUGCCAAAAAAUCCCCACAAAUUUGGUAAGAUAAUAAGUAAUUUUUCGGAAACGAAAUUUGAUCUUGAAAACUUUAACAGGUUUUCAAGUACUGCAUAUUGUUGUAAAGAUCAUCAGCCAGGCUACAUUUUAGUGUUCAAUUUCUUCUUGUAUUUAACCUUUCAGGUUUCUUCUG